AUGCAGGCUGUGUACUGGUACGCGGUCCUUCUGCUGCAGCCCACUCUCUACCUGGUUACCUGUGCAAAUUUAACAAAUGGAGGAAAAACAGAACUUCUAAAAUCAGGAAGCUCUAAAUCCACACUAAAGCACAUAUGGACAGAAAGCAGCAAAGACUUAUCCAUCAGCCGACUGCUGUCACAGACUUUUCGUGGAAAGGAAAAUGAUACAGAUUUGGACCUGCGAUACGAUGCCCCAGAAACUUAUUCUGAGCAAGAUCUCUGGGACUGGCUGAGGAACUCCACAGAUCUGCAAGAGCCUCGGCCCAGAGCAAAGAGACGGCCCAUCGUCAAGACUGGGAAAUUUAAGAAAAUGUUUGGCUGGGGAGAUUUUCAUUCCAACAUCAAGACUGUGAAGCUAAAUCUGUUAAUAACAGGGAAAAUCGUUGACCAUGGCAAUGGGACGUUUAGUGUUUACUUCAGGCAUAACUCCACUGGUCAAGGGAAUGUAUCUGUGAGCCUAGUGCCCCCUACAAAAAUAGUGGAAUUUGACUUGGCACAACAGACGGUGAUUGAUGCCAAAGAUUCCAAGUCCUUUAACUGUCGAAUCGAGUAUGAAAAGGUUGACAAGGCUACCAAGAAUACACUCUGCAACUAUGACCCUUCAAAAACAUGUUAUCAGGAGCAGACCCAGAGCCAUGUGUCGUGGCUCUGCUCCAAGCCCUUUAAAGUAAUCUGUAUUUACAUUUCCUUUUAUAGUACAGAUUAUAAACUAGUACAGAAAGUGUGUCCUGAUUACAACUACCACAGUGACACACCCUACUUCCCUUCAGGGUGA